AUGGCCACCGCUCUAGUAGUCCUCAUCAAGCCGUCGAAGUGGCUCGUCCGCAGGAGCCUCAAACUCCUGAAACUCCCCUGCAACUUUCACUCGAGUCCCAAAUCUCCAAACGCGGCCUCUCUGCUGUCACCAUCCACGAGCACGUCUUGCGGUAUUGUCAUUGGCGAGCACAAGUACUCGCAAGCCUUCAAGCGAUUCGACCGCAACGGAGACGGGAAGAUGUCGGGCGAGGAGCUCGCUGCGUACUUCGUGUCCAUCGGCGAUCCCUUACCCCGGCAGGGGGCUCAGGAGGUGAUAGCCAACUUCGACUCGGACGGUGACGGCCUGCUCGAGUUCGACGACUUCGUCCGCAUGAUGGAGCCCGAGGGCGGUGGCGAGACGGACGGCGAUCUCAGGAGGGUGUUUGAGAUCUUCAAGGCCGACGAGGGUAGCGGCGGCAUCACGGCGCAAGGGCUCCAGCAGGCGCUGGCGAGGCUCGGGGAGAAAGAACCUUCGUACGAAGAGUGUGCGAGCAUGAUACGUGCUUUCGAUCUCGAUGGGAAUGGAGUGGUCGAUUUCCACGAAUUUCAACGCAUGAUGGCUUCGAACUGA